GAGGGAGAGAGCGAGAGAGAGAGAGAGAGAGAGAGAGAGAGAGGCAGAGGCAGCGCAAGAAAGCUACUCUAGUUAAGCACUCACUCUCGCACAGAGACAAACACAGACAGGCAGACAGAAGAGAAGCAGCAUCCUUUCAUCUUCAUCUGAAUGAAGGAGGAAUACCACCACAGAGAGGGAAAGGGGGAACAAAAGGAGAGGGAGAUCAAAACAAACUAGGGAAAGCAACGGAAAAAAGAUAAACCACGGAGAUCCCCCCAACCCCCCACCUUUAUCCAUCUCUAGGGAACAAGGGAAUACAGCAAUCGGAUAAAAUAAAGCAAACGGGAUAGUGUGCAUGAAAGAGAGUGACACAGGGACUAUCGAAUGUACUAGGACAUUAUUUGGAAUAUAAAAAAACAAUACCUGAACUGACAGUGAGAGACGGAGAGAAAGCAAGACAGUGGAGGAGCAUAAACAUUUCUAGGUCUAUCUUCUCUUCCCCUAAAGCACUCUAUUUAUUUAGGGAAGAAGAGAGAAAGCGGGAAGAGGAGGUCAGGAAAGAGGGAGAAAUAGGGAAUGGGGGGAAAUAGGAGGCGAGGGAUUGAUUGACAAAGAUAUUUCCAAAAGGAUGGCUUUGGAUACCAUUUGACAGAAAAAACUAUUCAAAACAAUAAUUUUAAAAAAACAAAGAACAUUAAAAAAAGGCUUUCAUUGCUUCCAACUCCAGUCUUUUCAUUCAUUAUUCCAUGCUGGCAGGCACCGGAAUGGAGGGUCUGGCUGGAAGCAGCCCUCGCAGAAUGAAAAAGAGAAUUUUAUAAUGACACUGAAUGAAUUUGACAGUGACAAGGGAAAAGGGUUGUCAGCUGGGACAGACAAAACCAGACUAUACCACAGGAGACAGGUAUACUCACAGUGAUACUGAUUUCAUUCAUAACCAUCCAUCAUCCAUUAUCAUCACCCCACCUUUAUCAUAAUUCAUUAUCAUACCGAGCUGUGGAUGGAAAUACACGUUUGCAGAGAAGCUGCUUGAUGAUAAGUAAUACUGUAUUACUGAUUUGUAAGAAUCACUGUAACCUGUAGCCAUUCCACACCAUAUCAUAGUCAUCCUGAGAAAAUAAUGCAACAGUAAUUAAACAAAAUUGAAUUAAGGCUUCACAUCAUCAAUUGUAAAUUAUGAGCAUACCUUUUCCUUCAUGAAAAUUACUGAGUUCUUUUGCUGUAAAUUUGUACAUAUUUGAUGCUUAUUAUUAUUCAAGGCUUUCACAUUUGCAUUUUACAGUAAGCUUCACUCACUCACUCAUGCCAUCACUGCCAUCACACACAGCCUGUGACCACAUUGCUGCUACAUUUAUAAAUGUAUUUCUACCCAAAUAAUAUAAUAGUUAAUGUAAUACAUGUCAAACAAGUUUGUUGCUAUAUCUAUAACCUCCUUGUAUUGUAAGCCAAAAGAUUUCUUACAUUAUUUAUAUUAUUUACAGUGUUUUACAGUCAUUUGAAAAUUAUUAUGAAUUAACUGUCAUAUUAGUAAAGUAAUUUAAAUGUAAUUGUAUGUCAUUUAAAAGCUACAGUGUAAGGAAAAGCCAUGUCAUAUUUUUAAGGACAGAAUUUUGACAGUAACUGGCUCAUCGUCACUUUCAGCUCUUAUUUCCUCUUAUCAGGAAGAGCAUCACUGUUUGCUGUGUCAGUGUGGCAGUAAGUCGGAGUGUUAGUUCCAACAGGGUGUGGACAGGUUGUGUACCGUGCGAUUUUAAAGAGGUGAAGAGGCAGAACUCUGAGAAUGGGAGGGAGUUGGAGGAAUAAAAGUUGAAUGUAUGACGGAGAGAGAAAUAACUUAGGACAAUAGCCUUCACCCCAAUACUCCAAAGAGCACACGGAUCGAUCUUGAAAUUGGAGGGACACAGGAGAGUUGAACAAACACAUAUGCAUAUAUAUACACAAACACACAAACCAAGAAAAGCGAAGGAAGACGUCGGACUGUGCAACAACAAAAUAAAAACGGGCAAGAACAAAGGAAGAGAAAGGCAAAACAUCUGGACAGUGAAGAAGAGUGAAAUCUCGCUCACCCCCUUCACGUUCCCACCAUUUUUCACCUGUCCUUCCUACAAGACCAAAGGAGAAGAGCCCGAGGAGGACAGAGGAGGCGAAGGAGGAGGAGAGAAGGAGACCUUAAGGAGGAGAGAGAGGAGACACAUACAUACAGUGAUAGAGAGAGGAGGUGAGCGGUGCCCCCCCCCUCUCGGCCCAUCUUCAGCCGCGAGGCUGGCAGGCGCGGCCAUGGCGUUCACCUUCGCAGCCUUCUGCUACAUGCUCACCCUGGUGCUGUGCGCCUCCCUCAUCUUCUUCAUCAUCUGGCACAUCAUUGCAUUUGAUGAUCUUCGGCAGGACUUCAAAAACCCUAUUGACCAGUGCAACCCAACAAGAGCAAGAGAAAGAAUACGGAAUAUUGAAAGAAUCUGCAACUUACUGCGAACUCUGGUGGUCCCAGAGUACUGCAUCCAUGGGCUGUUCUGCCUGAUGUUCAUGUGCGCUGCAGAGUGGGUCACCCUGGGACUCAACAUUCCUCUGCUUUUAUACCACCUGUGGAGAUAUUUUCACCGGCCAGCCGAUGGCUCUGAGGUGAUGUAUGAUCCAGUCAGUAUCAUGAACGCAGAUAUCCUCAGUUACUGCCAAAAAGAAUCCUGGUGCAAGCUGGGCUUCUAUUUGCUUUCUUUCUUCUAUUAUCUGUACAGCAUGGUCUACACUUUGGUGAGCUUCUAAACACUGAAGAGGGGUGUAGGGCAGGACGACAGCAAAAGUGCAAGAAGGACGUGCAUCUCUCUUCAUUCUUAUCCCCCAUUACUCCAUCGCAGGAUGCUCCUUGCUUCUUUUUUACGCUCUUCAAAUUUUUGGGAAUUCAUGCAAAGGCAAGCAAGGGAAAAACUUUUUUUUCUACUAAGGACCAUCAGGAGAGAGAUGGAACACUGCCAUACCCAUAGACACUGCCACUGAGAGAAGAGAGGUCAAGAGAAGAGAACAGAAGAGAAGAGUAAAGAAGAGAAGAAACCAUGAGGAGAAAGUUAGGACAGGGAGAGAUGAGGAGAACAGGGACCACAGCGGACGAGUAAAGGGAGAAUGACAGAGAUGAGAGUUGCUUUGUACACAAACAUAAUCCCAAUUGCCACAGCAUCUACCAUUGUUACUGAAUGGCAGAAAUAUAUGUUUUCUCUCACGUUUGUGUCUAAAUAAUCAGUUUCAAAAACCACCCUUUUUAUCAAAGGGAAAAAUCCUGGCUGGACAGGAGGAAACUUCUGGGCAGGUGGUGACCGGGAGGGGAUGGUCUCUCUAUUGCAUGGGAGGCAGAAAUAACCUGCAAAAAAAAGCACAUACCCCCUUGGGACUAUUGUUCCACAAACCUGCUGUGAUCUGUGCAGAUUGCUGCAACAUGGCCAUACGAUCACAUCGCCUGAAAUAGGUGCUCGUGUUUGUGUAUCAGCAGGUAAAAUCAUCAAUAUAGAACCAGGAUUUGUACAACCACUGUCUCCGAAGGUCUACAAUUUGCAUUCCAAAUGGACUCUUCUUAGCUACCGACUUGAAUGUAUUGGUCAUGCCUCUGGAUUAGCCUUUGAACCUUUGUCCUCGCUCCAGAAACCCCCAGAGCUGUAAGAAGACACCUUAAAGCGUGCUGGAUUGAAGCGGGGCACACUUGUGCGGCGAUUAGCGUAGUGAUGAGAAAAUGAGCUUCUGCAAACCUGUUCAUGGGAUGAGCAGCCAUCUGCUGAAAUGUUUGGGUUCUCUGAACCGAACAAAAUACUUGGCUAACACCACAAAACACAAAAAAAGGAUCGGAUAUAAUACAUAGUGGCACAAUGCCCGUUAAGUGGUACAUGAAAAAAAUCACUUGCUUGUCACCAGAAUAUUGAACAGAAAAAUCAGUGAAUAUAUCUUGGCCUACAUAUUUGUACUGUCAUUUUAGUAUAGUACAGUAAAAUAAGUCAAACAAUACAAUUUAAAAUGGUAGACCACUUUCCUCGUUUCUGUACUUUAUGUAGAGAUUAUAUACAUGUGCACACCAGUGUAACCACAUGGAACAACUAAUAUAAUGUAAUUAAAUUAGUAUGUGAUCAUUCACCUAGAUGUUUGUGUAGACACAAAUACACAUUUAACGGGAUAAGAGAAUACCUAUUCAACUAAAUCAAAUCACUGAAGACCAGUGCUUUGAAUGACAAACUUCAGACUUGUGACCUCAACAACAAAUUCAUUAAAACUGUGCAAAUCCACAGUCAAGUAUAUUCAAAGAUAUAUGCCUGUAAACAGUAUUUGUUUACUGUAGAUGGGGUCAUCCAUUGUAAUGGAUGUCAUAACACAUGCAACUUCGGAAAUACACUGGGUCAUUUACAAUGAGGAUACUGUAUGACGGGACAACAUAUUCCAGUCAAUAUCAAGGACACAUGUCAACAGACUUCUGUAGUUUUUGAGGAAUUCAAAAAAAUUUUUUUUUUUGGGAAAAAGACUUCUUCUGUUGGCACCACUCUAGAUUGUUCCCACGGGUGGCUUUGCCCACUACGGAAAAUGAGACAUGGAUACCAGACAUGGACGGGCUUCAGCCUCGAUCAUCAGACGUCUGGUAACAGCUUCAAGAAUGUAAACGCAGCCUCGGAAUGUAUUUUAGUGUGGGGGACCAAUUAGACAAAAGGCUUAAGAAAGAAUGUAAGAGCAGUUGCAAUUAAUUUAGCACGGCUCAUUUCUUUAUAAUACCUUCAUCGAGCAACUCUACAAGAAUGCGCCACACACAUGCUGGAGACAAGAAUCCAGACAGACUGUGAUGGGGACAUGCAGGCCAUGCACAUGAGCAGUAGAAAAUGACAGCCGAAAUGCCCACAGCUUCACGAGGAACGGAGGCACACGCUAAAAGGUUGUGCUGUGUCAAUACCAUGGAUGAAGGGUGCGCAUGCGUCCAACAAUUAAAUCGUCAACUGUUUACAGAACGGGCUGGACUGGGAAAUGUUUGUACUCAGACAGGAGGAUGUUCCUGCCCUGUGAAAAUGUACCUCUUCGCAUUAAAACCAUGUGUUCACAAGUCUGUUCACAUGUAUAUAUAUACAGUAUAAUCAGUGAUUUGAUUUAGGGGGAGAUUGAAUCAAAGUACUAAGUGGUUUGGCCUUCUACAUGAUAUUUAAGGCAGGGCUGUUUUUUUACACUCAAAUGAAAACUGAACUACCACUGUGUACAUAUUUGUUAUUUUGAGCACAGAAUGUUCUGGCAUUUCUUGUGACCAUCAACUGAAUAUAUUUCAUUUUAUGAAACUAUUAUGUACUAUUCAAUUGCUUACAAGUCAUUUAUGUGCGAUGGACUAUUAUUACUGUUUCUUCAGGAUUAUUUAUCUGUAUCCAUGCACACAUGUUGCGCACUGAAUACCCUUAAAUGUGUAAUAACAAUCAUAAUGACAAUACUUAAGUUCCACGGGCUUGAAGUAUAGGUCCACCCCACCUGAACUUUGAUUUAAUCACCCCUAAUUGGGUUGUGGGAAGCUGACUGUACACUGUGUGAAAACCACUGUAGCUGCAUUGAGAAUGGAAAUGCGUGAGUGCCAAACAGGAUUGAGCAAGCUGGUUUUCCUCCAGUAUUAAUAAGGGAAUCAUGGUAAUUGCAAACAUGUCAAUCUGACUAGUCUGCCAUUUUACUGCCAACCAAAAUGUUUCCUGUUCUUGAGACGAGAAAUAACAUAGUAUGAUGGUGUGUUUUGUUACUAAACCCUGAAACUGACCCCUGACUCUUUACCCCUGACCCAUCAUUCCUCUGAACAACAUGAACCAAUCAAGGACAAUCCUCAAAGCACAAAAAGGAGGAAGUGGGUAUGGGGGGAGAGGCAGGGGUAGUGAGGCAUCAUUUUAUGUUAUUUUGCUAAACUAUUAAGCAAAUGGACAAAAAGAUAUAUAUUUAAAGUGAAGAACAACUAUUUGUAACCAUCUUUUAUAUCUCAUGCCCCAAUGUGUGCUCCCAUUGUUGUAAUCACUCUAGUUUGUACUUGAGCUGAGAGGAUAUUUGCAGUCCAAUAGGAUGCCAUAUGAUAUAUUAAAGAAUGCUAUUCUACGUAGGCCUUCAUAUUCUAAUAAAACAGCCAAAUAUGUGACAUUGUCCUGCAA